UUGGUUCCUGGCAUGAGUGGGGAACCAGCGGCAGCCGCCCCCAGCACAGCCCCCGGGCGCCCCAGUCCCAGGCCGGCUCGUGUGCCUGCUCUGGCCGGAGGUGCCGCCCGAAGGGCUUGCAGGACGCGGCCCUUCCUCGACGGCCGGCUUUGUCCCUCGCACGCAGCAUCUGCCCGGGCGGCUCCGCCUCCUCCUUGCCCAGCGGCAAAGCGAGGUGUUGGCGGAGACCGGGCGGGCCUUUGUCUCUCCGGCUCGCCCGCAGAGCUAACGGGUCUACUCGGGAAGACGCGUUUGCAGAUUCCUGCAUCCCCGGAGAGCAGCUGCAGCCUCGCCCGUCCGCCCGGCUCUCCCGUUUUUGCAAGCGGCCGCCUCUCUUGCCCUGCAGCGCCCGCUGCGAUUGUGACCUCCUCCCGAGCUCACCUGGGUUGCAGCUGCUGCAGCUCAGCAAGGCUGCACUUUCUCUGCGAGGCUUCCCUGCUUGUGGGUCUUUCCCUGUUGCUCUCGGGGAAUGACCCUCUGCUCUAACCAUUGGCAAUGGCCUAAGAGCAGCGGUGGUGCCUUCUCCAGCAACCAGAGGAGGCCAGACAGGGCCUUGCUGUAAGCAAGAGAAGGCCAGAUUGAUGAAUGCUGGGAUGUCAAGCAGCCGAGAGGAUGGCGGCAGAGGCGCCUCUGCCGUGGUCAGGAGGUCAGAGGCCACCGAAGGGGUUGCGCAGAGAGAAGAGGAACAAGAAGAAGAUGGGGAAGAAGACCUCCGUGACGGUGGGGUCCCCUUCUUCGUGAACCGAGGAGGGCUUCCCAUUGAUGUACCCACCUGGGAGCGGAUGUGGAAACAUGUGGCCAAGAUUCACCCUGAUGGAGAAAAGGUGGCCCUCAAGAUCCGAGGGGCUACCGACCUACCCAAGAUUCCCAUACCGAGUGUGCCUAUGCUCCAGCCGUCCACUCUUAUCCCUGAGCGCCUGGAGGCUAUACAGCGCUACAUCAGGGAGCUUCAGUACAAUCAUACCGGGACACAGUUCUUUGAAAUCAAGAAAAGCAGGCCUUUGACAGGGCUGAUGGAUCUGGCCAAAGAAAUGACGAAAGAGGCCCUACCAAUCAAGUGUCUGGAAGCUGUGAUUCUGGGAAUUUACCUCACCAACAACAUGCCAACACUGGAGCGUUUCCCCAUCAGCUUCAAAUCCUACUUCUCAGGGAACUACUUCCGCCAUAUUGUGCUGGGAGUGAACUUUGGGGGCCGCUAUGGGGCACUGGGCAUCAGCCGACGUGAGGAUCUCAUGUACAAGGCACCAACCUUUCGCACGCUGAGUGAGCUGAUCUUUGAUUAUGAGGAGGCCUACCGGCGUUGCUGGCACACCCUCAAGAAGGUGAAGCUUGGUCAGUAUGUAUCCCAUGAUCCACACAGUGUGGAGCAGAUUGAGUGGAAGCACUCCAUCCUGGAUCUGGAAAAGCUUGGCCAUGAGGACUUCCGGAAGGAGCUUGAGAGACAUUCCCGGGACAUGAGGCUGAAGAUCAGCAAAGGAACAGGGCCACCAUCCCCCACAAAGGACAGGAAGAAGGAUGUGUCUUCCCCACAGCGAAGCCAGUCUAGCCCUCAUCGUCGCAACAGCCGGAUAGAGAGGCGGCCUUCUGGAGAAAAGAAAACUACUGAGCCCAAAGCCAUGCCAGAUCUUAACGGUUACCAAAUCAGAGUGUAAAGAGACUUGCAACAUUUCUGGACUCCUAGCUGGACAGCAUUUGGACCACAUUCUCCUGCAGUCUGCUCAGAAUAGUGGGGGCAUGAAUUGCUACUUUUCCAAGGUGUUUCAUGCAUUGAUGGUUCCAGGGAUGUCUCCUGUAGAUUAGAGCAUUUGCCCCUCUGGUUUUGGAUAGGAGAGGUGUUUUUAAAUCCUGCCAACUAAAUGAACCUUUUAAAAGUAUCAGACCUGCCAGUUGGUGGUUUAGUGUUUGUACAGUAUUGGAAAGGUAAAAAAAAAAAAUCUUCCAUAGAUGAUGAGGCCAUGCUCUACUGACUUGGCAUACUCCCUUGCUGGGCAUCUAUCUCCAUUUUCUGCUUUGGAGGGAAUGACGUAAGCAUGAAGACCUCCGUGGAGGAGGAGAGGAGGAGAGAUAGAAUAAACAACGGUGAUUUCUGUGAAAGAAUUUUUAAAAAUUUGUACCUUCUGAGCAUUUUAAUAUUUUUUAAUCAGAUGAAGGAAGGAGAGAACCGUAUCUUAGUGUGAACCAGUUUGAAAGGGACCUCAGAAUCUCCUUUUAAUAGAUGCUAGACCUAGUUACUUCAGGGUCUUGUCUUGAAAUUCUGCCAGUGUAUUUUUGUCAACAUCCUGGAUAGAGGGGUGGUGAUGCAUGCUGUUCUACCUAUAAAGAGUGCUUACUGAAGAAAGGGUAGAAGAAACCCAGAAUCUGUUGUUAUGGAAAGAAGGACUAUGUAGAUACUUAACAAAAUAUGGCUUAGGAGAAUUAUGUGUAGAGCUGGGGUGAGCCCAAACAUUAAAAGAACUUGUGGAAAGGGUUGCAUGAGCCGUCUUAGGCACUGGUUAAUCGGGGAGGCUGAUAUGGAGAGGGAAUGCCAGACUUCCUCCUUGUCCCAGCCUUCUCAUGGAGGCCCGCUGGCUUUAGAGCAGCAUGAGUUCUCUGCUGGGUGAUAAUGCUGAAAGGGGAUAUUGGGGAACCCAGCAGUCACAUACAAGUUUGGUACCUUCCCCAAAGUAUUACAUUCUUCAAUCCGCAUGUUGGAUAUGGCCAGUUCAGGCUGUAGAUUUCUUAUCAUAACCCUAGGAAACCUGGCUAGUUGUCUUUUACUCCUUCCUCUCUCUCAUAUACACACACAUACAACACAAGCACUAUUUAUGUUUUUAAUGUAGCAGGAGGGAGCUGGACUUCCUCCUGAUUUGUGACCUGCUAUGGUUUAAUUGAAACCUUAAUUGAAAUGGGAACAUAGCAUGGGGUUGAAUUAUCCAUGUUCAGCCUCUCUGGCUGUUGGAGCAGGCAGCAUUGUUAAAAUAGCACUGUUGCGUUGGUUUUGCGGAGGGAGAUAAAUGGGUUUGGACUGCAGUUCAAAAGUGGAGCUGAUUGAAUCAGUGCAGUGCUGUUGUGGACUCUUCUCCCUUCGUCACUCCCUUAUUUUGUAACUGAAAGUUUUCUACAAAAGUGUACAAAUAUUUAUUGGCCAGAUACAAAACUGUUGUGUUAGAAUGUGCUCAUGUCCAAAAUGAAUGCUGGUUACGAGUGUUAUUUAGGGUCUUUUCCCCCAAGCCCGUUUCCUGCCUUUUUCUUGUUUACACACAUAAGAGAACAAAUUCUUCGGUAUGACUGGAUCACGUUUUUAUUUGAAGAUCACUUUUUCUGUAAUUUAUACUGAUCUUAGUUUUUAGGUAAUAAAUAGCUUAACUCUGCUGAAAUGAAGCCAGUGCUAAUCCUGCACAAACUGUCCUGGUCAUCUUUUGUUUAAAACACCACUUCUUUUACCAUUACUUCUCUUCCCCAGUUUAACUGCUAAAUCGCUCUACGCAAGAAACAGCAGAAGGGAAGAAGGGAGAUGCUAGAUGAUUAUGGUGGCUGUGCAGAGUUUUUCAGAGCUGUCCUUCAAAACUGGAAAAAAUUCUCCAAAUGUUAAAGUUAAGUUUAAAAGUAGUGUAAUGAUGGGUUAAGCCAAAGGACGGAUGCCACUGUAGUAAACUGGUAGUUGCCAGAAGCAGUCCCUCUUUAUAGGGACACAGCAUCAUGAGGCUUUUUAAUCUUUUGUUGGUAGUGAACCAUAAUUAACAUGAAAAAAUCAAAACAGAAGACACAAUUGGAACAUGGUGCUGUCUUCCGCUCCUGAAACGGUCUGCCAAGCAUGUGGCUGCUACUGUCCUCCAAAAUGGGGGGGGGGGGGGGCAUCUGUAAGCAGAGAGAAGAACUUGAUUGUGAAGGAUUUGGAGGAGAAUUGCAAUUGGCAGAUCUUUCGAGCCUAAUGUGUCCUAUUCUCUUUUAAAAGAGAAAAUGAUGUCAGGUUGCAAAAGGAUUCUGGGAGCAGUGGUAACAGCAGUUGCUUACUGUUUCCUCUGAGUUUAUAAACUGCACAAAGGUAGAUCAAAGUAAAAUGAUUCCAUGAACUUUUAGUGACAGAAUUCAUCAAUGAGAUAUUCUACCUGGAGGAGGUGCAGAGUCCCCUUCCUUCCUUGAAGAUAUUAUGACAAAAAACUGGUCAGGCAUCAGAGUAGAAGUGACACAACAAUAAUGUCCUAAGCCUUUUCUGACUUUGUCUUUAAAUAAUGUGCAGAUACAGAGGGGACAGUUCUGUGCGAUUUAUCCCAAGAUGUUACAUUUGCUAGGUUAAUGUUCUAACGAAGUAUUUUCUACACUAUUCUGAACUGAACCCCCUCCCUGGUUGUUGCUUUCCUUGCUGUGUUUUCAUUCCAAAAUCUAAUAGAGAACCAAGAGGCAUGACCAGCAGUUCCAUGGGGUGCAUUCCCUGGCAGACUGUAGGGAAUUCAAUCUUGGUUUUAAAAUUUCUCUGCAUUUAAAGUUGUCAGGUUGAAGGUUUUGGUGCACAAGUAUCUUUUUUAUUUUAUCGAGCCAUCAGGCAGUUUGAAUCGGAAUAAUGGGAAUGCGGUCAUUCAUGUGAGUCUGCCCAUUGGGUUCUUUCUGUCCUCGUGAGCUCCACUUGAGUCACAACCUAUAUGGUUUUGCUUUGAAUCUGAUUGAACUCAGAUCAUCCAAGCAGGACAAUGAAGUAGUAGACUGGACUGGACUGUUUCCUUAUCUAGAUGGUGGAUUCCAACUUUAAGUUAUCCUUUCUGGCUUUUUAAAAAAAGAUGCCAAUGAGCAAAGCAGGGGGAAAGUUAGAAUCUAUUUUUGUGGCUGCCUGUUGUUGUUUUUUUGGCAGGAAGAUCUACUCCUAUAAAUCUGAACUGGUGAAAAUCUGAGAUAUGCAAAAGAAUGAACAGUCAACUCUCAGACAUAUUGUCCCUUCUUCUGGUACAAACAGAAGGCAGCAUAUACACCUGCUAGAUUCUUCACAUCAAGAGUUGUCUCUGGUGGAGAAAAAAGGCUGCUACGGGAUUCCCCUUGCCUGCCUAUAUAUGCGAGCACCUCAGUAUGUGAACUUCUUUUUAUCUUUAUCCUCUUCCUAUAAACUAACAAAGGCUACAGCAGAGGUCUAGAGGGGAUGUUGUUUGCACAGUAAUUGGGUCAGCAUUAUUGGAACUGCUUUAUAAUAUACGACAAGUGUUAAGUGUCAGCCUUAUUUGGUAAAAAAAACCUUAGCCAGACCAUAUCCUGAAGUCCUGUGGCAGGCUAGGGGUAUUUGUGUGUGUAUGUUUACAGUGUCUUUAACACUGUCACUUGAAUUUUGUAUACACCUGCCUAAUCAGGCAUCCCAGUUCUAAGGCCAGUGUCCUCUUUCACAUCACAUCAACCAUUCAUAUUUUUGUGAAUGGGAUGCCGCUGUAGCAGUUUGCCUUCCGUGAUCGACAUAGUCACACAUUGUAGUUAGACUACAAAUAAACUGGUUAACCUUUAAGGUGCUAUGGAAUCUCUUGGUUUUUAAAGUAGCCAGGGUAAUGAGGCUCAGGUCCAAAAAUUCACAGCUAGUCCUCUCUGAAAAUGUUUUCAGUUUCCCCUAGUGAGUUCUGAUUUUAAAAAUUCAGCAGAUCCUAGAGAGACUGUGGCUUGCCUCAAAGCAGCCUCAAGUGCUUCUCAAACUUUCUACUAUUGGGAAACAGUCUGCAGAAAGAUGUCUGUGGAACCCUGGCAUGCAAAGUGUACACAGCACUUAUGGCGUAUGGACCAACCCAUCCACAGAUCCAACAGAAACUGCCAUGCAGGGCUUUCCAUUGCAAAGAGAAACUAGUAAGUGGUCUGUUUCUCCAAGAAAGAUAGCUUGUUUUUGGCCAUUACUAAUAUUUUCAUUGAGGAACUCCUGCCCUCUUUAGACUGUACAUAGUUUUAAAAAACCCACUGGCUUAAAGAGAACUGUGAAACGGAACCACCAUGUUUUGGGCCCCAACAUAGUCUGUCUCAGAGACAUAAGAACUUGUGACUCAGUAUCUUGUCACUAAUUGUUGCUCUGGCCCUGCUAAUAGGCUAGAAAGCCAGCUAAGCUCCUUGGGGAAUUCUAAAUGAGGCAGGACCUAAGUAGCAGAUGUCUCUAUCAGUAAAACCAUUCUUUCCCUCUUCCCCUCCCACAGUGGUGCACUCACCACCUGCUUAAAACAACUGUGAAUCACUUUAAGAUCUGCAGAGCUGUGACCCUCAACCAGAUUUGUCACAAGCAAGAUGGUGCUAGAGAACCAGCUUUUAAUACAAACGGUAUUUAUCUAGUCUGAGCAGAUGGCCUUGUUUUCAGAGCAAUUUUGUUGUCAUGACAGCUCAGAACAGAGACCAAUGAAGGCGUUUAUGGGUUAUCAUGUGUCUGUUCUGUAAACUAGUACUCGUUGUGAUCUAAAAUAGACCUUCUUUUAAUUCUUGCCCUCAUAUCUGUAUUCACCUCAUUAAUUCCUUUUCAAAAAUAAAGGUCUUUUCUGUACCAUUUA